GUGAAAUUCAAUGUCAGCAUAGUCAAUAUAGGCACAUGACACAUAACAUGUCUGUGGACUUCUUUUGAAUGUAUAUCGUAUAUCAUAUCAUUAUUUGUUCAUCAGAUUGUCAGACACGCUCACAGAGACACGCUCCUGUAGUAUUCGAAUUGAGUGGAAUUGAGAGAAUUUCUUGUGAGGAUAUGGCAACGUCGCAAUUAUUCAAACAUCUGUCUCGAGUGUCGCGCCGAAUCUAACCUCGCUUUUAAACCGCGUCGAUCAGUUUGGCGUCUGAAAAUUUUUAAAGAUUAAAAAGAGGCUGAUGUAAAAACAGUGCGAACGCCCCGCUCAAAAUCAUGGCUGUGUCAGCUCUCAGGACGCUUAUGAUACCUAUUAUAUUGUUUAUGUUUUUUGGCACAUGUGUUAGAGCUUCCAAACUAAAUGUACCAAGGGUCUUGCUCCCAAUUUUCAACGAUUUUCCGAUGAAUUUCACCCUUGAGGCUACUGAAGGAGGGUGCUAUAAAUGGACCACAACUCGAAAUGACAUCAUAUCUCUUACUCAAAUAGAUGAACAUCAAGAAUUAAAGUGUUCUGUGAAAGUUAUUGUCAGCACUGUGACAAAAGAGGCAGCUCGUAAUAUUGCAGUGGUAUUAGCAGAAGACCAUAACACUAAACAAACAUUGAGAUGUGAUAUUAUUGUUGAUGUCAUUCAUGAGCUGUCUAUUUCUACUACUACCAGAGAGCUCUUCAUGGAGGAAGCUCCUGAAGAUUUUGAAGUUAAGGCUCUUGAUGACCAAGGCAAUGAGUUCUCUACUCUCGAAGGAAUCGUCUUUGAAUGGAACAUAGUGAGCCUAGGCCCUAAAAAAGAUGCUGUUUUGAGAUUCAUUACCUUUAGGGAUUCUCCAUAUGAAGCUCCACAUGCUAUUGAUGCAUUGGAAUCUCAGGGUAAAAAAGGUUAUGCUAUCCUUUUAGAAGGAAUCAAGAGUGGAUCUGCAAAGGUUACAGUCAGAUUACCUCAUCUAGAAUACAAACAUGUGGCUACGAAUGAAGUGCAGUUAAUGGUUGUUGCCAACUUAUUGAUAUCCCCUGCAGAGGUCUAUAUCAUGCCUGGAGAUACUAUUCCUUUUAAAAUAUUCUUUCUCAAUGGAGGCCGCAUAGAAGAAAUCAUCCUCCCUAAUGCCCAAUAUUAUCUAGAAGCUGAAGAUACAUCUGUAGCUUUCUCCCUGAAGAAAUCAGGCAACAUUACAGGGUUGAAACCAGGCAACACAAGAAUUGUUUUGAGAGACAAAAAUGUUGGCAAGGAUGAUCCUCUGAUGAAACUACCAGCAGCUAAUUUACAUGUGGUUCAACCAAGUUAUAUUGUGGUUAAUGUUUUGCCCCAUAAGAACUGGGCAAUUUUACUUGGAGAUCAUCAUGAUAUUGCAGUGGAAGUGUAUUCUGAGACAGAUCACAGAAUAUACAUUGGAGGAUCUGUUCAGGUGUUCAUAGAUGUUACCCCAGAGUUCAGAGUAACCAGUAGAUCGGCAAAUGGCUCAUGGAUAACAGGUUAUGGAAUAAAGCCAGCUAUAGCUUCGGUGAAAGCUGUACUUGAUAGUGUUUUCAGCACUCAAACUGGUAAAAUAAAAUUUGAUAAACCCAUUGAAGCAACAAAUGAUUUACUCAUCUAUCCGAGGAUCACUGUUGUUCCCAGUGAAGUGAUAUUGCCUUGGGACCCCAUCACACGACCAAAGUAUGAAAUAGACCUCCAGGCAAGAGGUGGGGACAGCAAAUUCAUGUGGGUUAGCUCCAACAAUUCCAUCGGAUUGGUUUCGCAAGCUGGUCACGUGCAGACUGUCUCAAAUGGAUUCUUUGAAGUCUCUGCUGUUAUGUUGAGGAACCAUCAUAACAGGGCAUCAGCAAAGUUCAUCAUCGUACCACCAUCCAGGAUGGAAAUUGUCGAGUUUGUCAUGGAGACUGAAGUUGGAAAUCAAGUGUAUUUACACGUAGCAUUAUAUGCAGAACAUGAAAAGGAUGGUGUCACAAUCCAACUUCCAUUCACCCAAUGUCAAGAGCUCCCAUUCCACAUCAAGCAAAGCGACGCGAAGUUUCGACAGAACAAAACCUCGGUAUUACCUCCAGUUGGAGUCUCAUGCGCGAACAUCGCGAUGACAGCCCUGGAAGUGGGUACCACCAAGGUCACCGUGUCGUACUACAUUGACGGCAUGGAGUUAGAAGAUUCCGCUACGGUGUCCGCGUAUAAUCAGCUGGUGCAGGUACAGCCUAAGAGGCAGAUAGUACUUGCAGUGGGUACCACUAUAAAUGUGGUAUAUAGUGGUGGGCCGAGGCCGAUGUUGGGGAGAGCGAGCGAUCAUUCCAAGGUUGUUGUCAGUGAAGAUGAAAAAAUAGCAACAGCAGUUGAGAUAACAAGUGCUCAUCAAAUGCCAGCUGAAGACUACACAGUAGUACGAGUUCUCUGUAAGAAAAUAGGCGAAACAGACAUCAAACUGAUGAUUUCCAAUACUCCACUUGUGUCCAAUUGUAAAGCACAAACCAGCACAGUGACAACCAGAGUAACCUGCGGCAAACCCAGAAGAGUCACUAUCAAGCCACUUCUACAGAUUGCAGACCCAAGCGCAUGUCCGAUGGACCUCAAUUCUGGCAGUGCCGCCGUCCAAUCCAACGAUGAUGUUGUCUUAGAAGUGAACGUUUUCGAUGACUGCGGUCAACGCUUCCUAAACGUCAGUAGCCUGCUCUUCGACUGGCAGAUCGGAGGACCAAAAGCGAAGAAAGAGAGUUUAGUUGCUAAGGUGAAGCAUAAGGAUGGAGUCUUCCCCAGGAAUCUCACGGUGGGUGACGUGCCCAUUGGGGAGACUUUCUUUCAGACUGUUACGCCGCUGGUUGAAAUAGGAACAGUUAGUUUAAACGUUACCGUGGUUGGAUACAAGACGGCAGUUAUAAAGAAAUACGGCAUCAAAACCGAAUGGCCCGUUUUCACGGACGAUGAAGACAAAGAUAAAAAUCUACCUCCAAUUACUGCAAGUUUGAAUCUUUAUCUAGUCGGCAAUGCUGUUAUUAUGCCAAAUCAUAUGAAUAUCUUCAAUCAUCCUGGUAACAAACGAAUAGCGCAUGUUAAACAGGGGUCCGGAUAUUUUGAGCUGGCGUUAAGUGCCGAUGAUAUAGUUCUUGUCAAAUAUCUGGAUACAUCCAGGGAAAUUGAAGUUGUGCCUGUCAAGUCUGGAGAAUUGACGCUGCAACUUAUCGAUUUGUGCCUGGUUUCUAAGCCCGCCACUUUAACUGUCAGUGUAGUGUCAAUUGGAAUGAUUAGGGUGGAAAUGGUGGACAAAGUUGAAAUUGGAAAAUGCAUCAAGGCGAUAGUGAGGCUUUAUGAUGACAAUGACAACUUGCUUGACAGUAUAGUGCCUGCAAUGAUCGAUCUAAGGCCGGAAUUUGAUAAUAAAAUAGGGAAUAUACAGACAGACAAUGAUAAUAAGGGGGACUGGGGACCCGGAGAGAUCCACUACAUCAUCACAGGUGUUGAGGUUGGAAAUACAAAACUGAUUUUCUCAGUACCUGGUUCUGAUGAAGAUGUCACCAGUGCACCAAUGGAUUUACAGGUAUUCCAACCUAUGAGGUUAUCGCCAAGGAACGGUACUAUGUUGAUCGGAUCCGUAUGGCAAAUUUCUGUAAACGGAGGUCCACAACCUGACGCAAACGUUUUCUACAAAGCUCUUAACCCAAAGGUGAUAGAAGUAUCAGAGCGUGGUGUGAUGACAGGCAAAGCAUUCGGCGUAUCCAGAAUCUUCGCGCAAGCUAUUGGAAUACAUCCGACCACCGGCCAAAAUGUAGUUUACUCAGAGGACACCAUAGAAAUAACUGUGGUCCAAUUGAAAAGUAUAAAAAUUAUGUCUCCGCUACAAAGGUUCAUUGUCGGCGCUACUGUCCCAUUCUGGGUAUGGGGCGUACCCGACAUCUCGCCUAUUGUUUUGGGAUCUGUAAUGCAUCCUCCUAUUGAGUUCAGAUGGACUGUGGAUGAUAAACUGAUGGUAGAUUUGAGCGGCAUAUUUCAUCCUGUGGGAGUUUUUAAAAGAAAACCUGAUAGAGUAGCAAUCAAAGUGCAAGCUCUGCAGCCAGGAAAGACUAGGCUUAUUGUGAAUGCUACGGUGCCAGGUUUUGUUGUGAACAUUCAGAAUGUUGACACUGUAAUGUUGGGAGCUGCAAUUGAAAUUGAGGUGAUCCAAGAACUGAUUUUAACCAAUCCAAAAGAAGUCAAAGGAGCCAAUCUGCUGUUGGCACCUUUCUCGGAACUCCAAUUGAUGACAAAUCUGGAUACAUCAAAUUCGAAGAUAACUUUCACACUGUUGGACUCAACUUACGCCUCCACCGAAUUAUUGGCUGACAAGUCACACACAAACGAUGCUAUAGUGACUCUGUCAUCUACUGGAAUUCUGAAAUCUUACGGUGUUUUGGGUCACACAAUGUUGAUGGUCAUAGCUCAAGAUGAGUUGGGAUUGAAACAAAAGUUAGCCGUGACAGUCGAGGUCAAGCCGAUCCAUUACAUGAAUCUGAUUGUUUUAGCAGAUUGGAGGAUACAUUCGGAUAGUCCUACAAGGACAUUACCUCUUGGUACUGCGUUCCAGUUGAAAGCCAGUUUCCAUGACAAUAUUGGCCAAAAGUUCAGCGCAGGACCGAAAGAAUUAAAAAUUCGCACCAGUCGCUGUGACUUGGUGAAGGUGACGGAAAGCCAUGAAGAGGCUUCAGUGUGGAUUUAUACAAAGAAAGAAGGUCAUACUAUGCUCAAAGCCUGGGCGGACGGUAUCCAACAAACCGCUGAUUACGUCAAGUUGAAUGUAGAACAGGCAGUUCGACCGAUCCUAGAUCAUUUGACCAGUGGCGACGUUGUAUGUCUCUGGACGCCUGUUGUGACAUCUAACAAUAUCCCAGGAACAUGGAGAAGCAGCGACCAGAGUUUGAUAAGCAUCAAUCCUGCGUUAGACAUAGGGUUUGUUGGAAAUAAAGAGGGCGUCGUAGUUUUGACCCAUUCAUUGCUGCAAUCGGCGCCUAUUACCAUACCCAUAUAUCCAGUGCAAGAAAUUGAAUUAUUGGACGACCCAGCCAUGGUCUUGACGAAUGGUGAAAAAUACUCAGUCGAGAGGAUUGUAUUAGUACUGCAAAGCGAAAGAAGUGUCGGAAUAAAGACAAAUAAUUUGAUUCAAGGAUGGAGGUGCAGAACAGAUGUUAGAAAACUGGUGAGACCAACUGGUUUCAGAUGUUUCGCGGAAUUUUCGAACAAGAGUUUACAAGUUACAUUGAAUCAUCUAUUCAAUAUUACUAACAGCUGGGUGCCAGAAACUGGUCAGUAUGCCUGCAAGUUGAUAAACCUCGGCGUUAAUGGCACAGACAUUUCCGUACUCAAAACCAAUAUCACAAUAUGGGCUACUACCACAGACUUUGACACCGUAUCCAAGAAACUGAACAUCAAAUUUUUGACUGGCGUGUAUACGGAUUUGGAAGUGCAGCUAUCAGAAAGUACAUUUUUGGGCGAACUCAACGUUGUUGGGUUGCCGGAUGUAUUGGAUCAGAUCACGGUUUAUCCGGCAGAUAGCAGUAUUUUAUAUGUGGAUAAAGGCAAGAGAAUCGAUGAAACUACGAUGAGGUUCCAAGUUCAGUUGAUUGAUUAUCAUUGGAGGUUGGCAGAUAUGGAAGAUGCCAUGGGGGUCAUAGUUUCAUCACCAAUAACUAAACAGCAUAUUAGGGUCUUGGUAAAAGUAACUGGCAACAUCCAAAGACAAGUGUGUGGCGUUGGAAGAUCACCUUUGUAUGUGUUCCUGCAAAAUUACAGAUACACGAUUGCUACAGCUGUUACAAUGAUGACUAUUUUUUUCUUGACCUUCUAUUUUUACUCAACAUAUAUGCGACCAGUGGUCAAUGUGAACGUGCAACGUCGUGCGACUAUGUUGAGUGGCUCAUCAUCGAGAGACAGCGGCGGGGGCCGACAAGGAGGGGGCCCUAGCCUGAAUGUGACACCAGUACCGUCCCCGCAUCGGUGUGCCGCAAAUUAUGAAGCUAGCUUGUUGAGGGGGUCGCCGUCACCAAGAUCAUCCGGAUAUGAUUGUGGAUGUGGGAGCCCUAGAACAUGUGCUGGAAGUUGUGGAGCUUCAAGAGAACCCAUUUACGGAGAUGCAAGCAGCUUUUAUAGCAGCCCAGAAGUCAGAAGAAACAGAAGAGGAAUGUAGAGGUGAAAUUGAUUCAGUAGAUAAACGGGUACACUGAGAAAAAACUGCCACCAUUUGUAUAUAAUACUGCAGAGUGAAACUUUUUGAUUUGUACAUAUUUUUGUUUUUGAAAUAAAGUCGUACUUUUGUAAGAAAAUAUUUUUAUACAAAUCAUUUUGUACCUUUGACAGAUGCAAUAGGAGUAAUCACAUAAU